AAUAAAGUGCCAGCAGCGGGGACAUCGGCAGCAGCGCUCCACACUCACACAAGCGGCGGGUCGUCGCCGCAGACGGGUCCUCACCCUCUCACCCUCUCUCUCUCUCUCUCUCUCUCUCUCUCACUCUUUCUCUCUCUCACUCACUCUCUCUCUCUCUCUCACUCGAGACCAUCAAAGUUGAGCGCGACACGCUGGAGACCCGCGAGCAUCCUCCCGGGGGAAGCGGCGCAUUUGGACCGUGGCUCGGCGAGCGUCAGUGUCCAUCUCUCCACCACGCGUCAAUUUGUUGCAGAUUUACGCACCGCUGUCCGACAGUCCGAGGGCUGACGGCCACGGACAAGACUCCGAGGACCACAGAUGGACUGGCUCACACCUGAGAUGUGAAGUGUGUUAUGUGAGCCACGGUGUUUUCCCACCUCGCUGGUGGUGGGGAGAAAUGCUGCACUCCGUUGCCAUGACAGCAGAAGUCCUCUUUGUUCUUGGGUUCCUGAUGAGCAACGCUCAGUGUAAUCCUGUAGCGACCGUACCAGUGAGCCGAGGACGUCUCGAAAGGGUGUUGACCCAAGCCAGUGAGGACAAGCAACAGGACAAGAAGCCCCCAGAGGAGCCGCUGGGAUAUGGCGCUCAGCAGCGGCCACAGGAAAUCAAUAACUUGGGCCCCAACAAGACUGUGGUGAGUCGCACCAGCCCGUACCCCAACAUCCAGGCACCAGGAUCUGAGGGCGGGAGGUCCCAGGAGCUGUGGAGUGAACAGGACAGCCUGAACCUAAUAGACGAGGGCCCCACCAGUGACGUCACCCUCUCUCUGGAUGCUAUCGAUGAGUACGCCUACCCAGACUACAGGGGGAAAGGCUGCAUGGACGAGAGCGGCUUUGUGUUCGCCAUUGGCGAGCAGUUUACACCGGGACCUUCGGCGUGCCCAUGCCUCUGCACAGACGAGGGCCCUCUGUGCACCAAGCCAGAAUGUCCGAAGGUUCACCCUCGCUGCAUUAAAGUGGACACUAGCCAAUGCUGCCCACGGUGCAAGGAGAAAAAGAACUACUGCGAGUUUCGAGGCAAGAUCUACGCCUCACUAGAAGAGUUUAAGGUGUCUCCGUGUGAGAAGUGCCGAUGUGAGCCAAGUGGGGAGGUGCUGUGUUCUGUGGCGGCCUGCCCCCAGACUGAGUGUGUGGACCCGCAGUACGAGCCGGAUCAGUGCUGUCCCAUCUGCAAGAGUGGACCAAACUGCUACGCGGACACAGCAGUCAUACCAGCCGGCCGAGAGGUGAAGAUUGAUGAGUGUACAAUCUGCUACUGCACAUACGAGGAGGGCACAUGGCAGAUUGAGCGUCAGGCCACCUGCAGCAAGAACGAGUGCCAGCGGAGCUAGAGACCGGCACGUUGAGGGAGGACUCUGGCACACAACACCAGCGCCGGUCCGCGCGUAAACUCUCGGCCUUUCACCCAGUCUACCGGACAUCAGGGUCGGACAGAAGCCCUCAAGCAAUUCAGCAUUUAUACUGUAGUCGCUCCUGCAUUACUGAAAAAAUGCUUUUAUGAAAGUUUAUAAUCAACACACAGAAUAUCUAUUUAUCUAUGUAUUAAAUUAUUUAUGAGUAUAUACAAAUGUAGGGGUCAUUAAAUGCUUAACUAGUGAAAACAAAAUAUUUUUUAUAGCCUCUGUAUUUUAAUACGCAAUGUAUUGGACCAGUGGUCACUGAAACAAUGGAAUGUAUAGAACACACACACAGCUGUCUUUGAAGGUGAAAACCUCAACAUGUCUCAACAUGUGGUGUCAUCCAACAAUCCCGACACCUACCCCUCUACCACCAAAGUGCAGACUACACUUGUGCGAUCAGUUUCAGAAUGAUGGUGAAGAUUUGCUGUGCAGGAUGAUCAUUUGCAGAAUUUCAAAAAAAAAAAAAAAAGAAGAAAAGAAGAAAAGAAGACUUUAGGAGAAACAGUCAAGAGGACAUGGCUGUUUCCUGAAUUCUUAUCUUUUUUGGAUGUUCAAAUGUGUUUUGAUUUGAAAGUGCUUUUUUGUAUUUUUCUUGGUACUGUGCGUUCAUGUUUCAAAUAAAUGCCAAUCUGUGCUCGGUAAAUGCUUAAA